AGCAGCUGGAUAGGAGUCGGUCUGGGGUGCACAUCUCUGUCCUCUGCCUCUUUGUUUCCCGCGGAAAAGCCUGUGACUUCCGAGCGGAGAGGGAUCGGGCAUAGCAGCAGCAUGAGCCGGGCAGCGCGUCCGGAGAGCCCCGCUCGGAGCCCCGGCAGGAGCCCCGGCAGGAGGCAGGAGCAACCGCACGGCCGAGUCGGCUCCGGGACCAGGGACAGUGGCGCAGGGUCGGCCCGCAGCAAACGGCACCUGGAGGGGGUCCUGAAGAAGUACACCAACCCGCUGCAGGGCUGGCAGAGCAGAUAUUUUGUCCUGGACCCAGAGGUUGGUCAGCUUCAGUAUUAUCUCAAUGAACUCAGUAAAAGCCAGCGACCUCCCAGAGGGUCUCUGCCUCUCCUUGGAGCAAUGGUGGUCUCCAGCGCCGACUUUCCCUACAUGUUUACUAUUCAAUCCACUACUGGAGAUUCCUACAAACUCAGAGCACUGGACGCCCAGGAGCAAGAGCUCUGGAUGACCCAGCUCCAGCUGUGCUCCCGACGCCCCUCUGACAGCAGCGCCAAGGUGAUGAUCCAGGCUGAAGGGCAGCAGAAGAACCUGGUCAACUCUAUUGAGUCCCUGUCCCCCCGAGGUGGACCCCUCUCUUCUCUUGAUGAGGACCUGCUCCUUUUAAAGGCCACGUCUGCAGCCACUUUGAGCUGCCUCGGGGAGUGUCUCAGUAUGCUGCAGCACAAUGUUGUUCAGGCUCUCAACCAGAACCAGAACCAGAACCAGAACCACACCCCUAGUCCCAGCCUCCCCCACAGCUCAGCUGGUCUGAAUCAGGCAGCUCCCACAGACAGAGUCCGGCCGUGGAGCCAGCGCUGCAGCUCCAGUGUGAACCAGAUGGAGCCUGGGGGCCUCCGGUCCAGCAGCCAGAACCCGACUCACAGCUUCAGUGAGACCCAGAGUCCCAAAGACGGCAGCUACAGCGGACGACCAGGAAGUGGCCUCAACCACAUCCACAGUCAGAGUCUAGGCGGCGAACAUGCAGAUAGCUCCACUGGACGGUCCAGAUCUCUUUCUGAGAAGCAGGUGAAACCACCUCCCUCCUCCUCGUCCUGGCCGUCUUCCACUCAAACACACAAGGACCCUUCAGAGCAGGGACAGCAGCAGGCCCAAGCCAGCAGCCCAGAAAGCCCGGACGCCAGCGACGAGACCACAGACACAGAGGACCAUGAGGAGGAGGACCUGGGAGUUCUGGAUGAGCAGCGAAGCAUCAUGCUACACCUCCUGUCCCAGCUCAAACUGGGCAUGGACCUCACACGGGUGGUGCUCCCUACCUUCAUCCUGGAGAAGCGCUCCCUACUGGAGAUGUACGCCAACUUCAUGGCUCAUCCCGACAUGUUCCUCUCCAUCACCUCCGGCUGCACGCCAGAGGAGCGCAUCGUUCGCUUUGUGGAGUACUACCUGACAGCCUUCCACGAGGGCCGCAAGGGUGCUGUGGCCAAGAAGCCCUACAACCCAAUCCUCGGGGAGCACUUCCACUGUUCCUGGUACGUGCCUCGAGACCGUGUCCGACCUCUCAGGAACACCAACUGUCCUGGUCCCAACUCAGCCCCCACAGCCACUCCCGGGUCUCCACAGGGGGGGAAGGAUGGUAGCAGCAGAAGAAACUCAGACUGCUAUCGUGUUCGGUUUGUGGCGGAGCAAGUGUCCCACCACCCACCUGUGUCAGGCUUCUACUGCGAGUGCAAGGAGAAGAGGAUGUGUGUCAACACUCAUGUCUGGACCAAGAGCAAGUUCAUGGGCAUGUCUGUUGGAGUGUCCAUGGUCGGGGAAGGGGUGCUGUACUUGUUGGAGCAUGAUGAGGAGUACGUGUUUACGCUGCCCUGUGCCUACGCCCGCUCCAUCCUCACCGUGCCAUGGGUGGAACUUGGGGGAAAGGUCACCAUCAACUGUGCCAAGAGUGGGUACUCUGCCACUGUCACUUUCCACACCAAACCCUUCUAUGGAGGAAAGGUGCACAGAGUAACAGCAGAGGUGCAGAACAACCAAACAGGAAACAUCGUGUGUAAGGCCCAGGGCGAGUGGAACGGGGUGCUGGAGUUCACCUACAGCAACGGGGAGAGCAAGGUGAUCGACACGGCCAAGCAGCCAAUCAUCAGGAAGAAGAUCCAGCCCCUAGAGAGGCAGGGCCAGUACGAGUCCCGGCGUCUCUGGCAGCAUGUGACAGUGUCGCUGAAGGCAGGGAACAUGGACGCGGCCACAGAACACAAACACUGCCUGGAAGAGAGGCAGCGCAGCGAGGGCAAACAGAGAGCGGCCACCAAAACACCCUGGAAACCCAAAUACUUUAUUAGAGAGGGUGGAGGCUGGGUGUACCACCCCCUCUGUGGAAAGCUCACUGACCAGGAGGAUUGGAAGCAGCUGUCCACUCCCAGUCGAAAAGUAGGGCGAUGGAGGGCUGGCCGACUAAGAUAAGAGGAGAGAGAGAGAGACCAAAGGCAGAGAACCAAAGACUAGCGAGGACAUGGACAAACUUCUAGUCCUGUCCAAUCAGAAACACUCUGGUUCAGCAGUGAGGUGGGACUGAUCAAACACGGGUGGAGCCACUUUAGAGAUUACAUUAUUCAGACAGAAUGGGACUUUCUUUCUGACAACAGAUCCAGACUAACCCCUGUAAACUGCUCCUGCCCCCCCACCGUUCAGUUGUCUGCACAACGUACUAAACAACCGUGUUGAUCACAACCGUUUUGCACAAAUCAAUGUACAAUAUAGGAUAAAAGCAUAAUGUGUGUGUGUGUGUGUGUGUGUGUGUGUGUGUGUGUGUGUGUGUGUGUGCGUGCGUGCGUGCGUGCGUGCGGUGCGUGCGUGCGUGCGUGCGUGCGUGCGUGCGUGCGCGUGCGUGCGUGUGUGUGUGUGUGUGUGUAGAAUCCACAGCAAGCAGGGCAGAAUGUAGUCAGGGUAGCUCUGAUUGUCUCUGUAAUGGAUCUCAUAUAAACUUCAUAUGAGAGAGAAAUAUUCAUUAGGGGUAUUGUACAUACAUUGAUUGGAUUAAGGUUUACUUUCACUUUUCUUACAUCUUAUAUAAAACCCUCCAAUCAACCAUUGGCUGGGGACUGGAACGCUGCAGUGUGAUCCUGGAGUUAAAAAAGGAUCUAGCUUUAAUGGGACAGUUCACCCAUGUGACUCCCAUCCUGCAUACAGAAUAGAAAAAGGCUUCCGACGUGACACUCCCGUUAUUUCACUUAAACGUAUUGUUUGGGUUUGGGAGUGCUGACUGAAACAUGGUUCUAAUAAAGAUAUAAGACAAGCUAGCCCAUGUAGUGUUACUGCUAAAUGACAAAAUGGAGUUCUGUCCUCCAAAGUCAGCUCUGGUGCAUUAGCUGUAGCUCUAGCUGUCAGGUUGCCCUGUUCACUCUGAACUCUGUGCCCAUAGAUGAGCGAUUAAAGGACUCCAUUUCCAUUCAUGUUCAAACUUUUCACGUUUGACGGUUUGUUAAUUUGACUAACCUGCGAUCCUCAGGCUCCUGCGACUAAUGAGCCGCUCUACCUCUGACAUGAUGUGUCAAACCAAACUCCAUCGCCUCGAAGAUCAGACAUCCAAUAAUAUUUCAGUUUUCUUUCCAGCUGCAGCACAGCUAAUGGUUGACAUGUCUGGGCCGCCUGUUGAGUGUCUGCCAUUUGAUCUGAUGAGCACCAUGUUGCACUGUAGAUCUGUUGGUACCAGCGUGCUGUGAACUAGUCUAGCUGUCCACUGGAUUACAUAGGAGACUUCGUACCACAUCAAAGUGAUUAUUAGCAUACUUAUGUUAGCAUCUAAGUGAGUAAAGUAGCUAAAACAACAUAAUAAUCAGUAGUAUUUUGAUCUUCAGUAUCUUGGCUCUAAAACCAUUGUAAUCUAUUGUCAAUCUGUGGAAGUCCUGUUCAACACACUGGGCACCUUGUCCUCCAUCUGACCAUAUAGUCAACCAAGCUAUGCAACACUUGACUGUAGACAGUAGUCUCAGGGGGGUGGCUCUGUAUUUGUUUUAAAUAAAGAUCUCUCAUCAAA